AUGGUUGAUGAGUAAAAAACAACAAUUUUUCAAUUAAUUUAAAGAAACAAUAUCAAAUUAAAUUUAGCAUAAUUUAUUGAAUUAUGUCCAAGAAUUAGCCCCAGAUUAUUUACUAUUGCAUCAUCAAAUAUAAAAAGCCCUCAACAAGUAGAAAUUGCUGAUAGUUUAUUAAUUGAUGAUCUAUCAGAUGGUACUUAAAAAAUAGGUUUAUGUUCUUAAUAUUUCUUAAACAUACAAUAAAGACUCUUGCAAGGGGUAAUAUUUAUAGCUAUGUGUUAUGUUAGGAAAGUGUGAAAGUUAGAGUUGAUUUUAGAGAAUCAAGCUUUAAAUUACCAGAUGAUCCAAAUAAAUCCAUAAUUAUGAUUGGACCAGGGACUGGAAUAGCUCCUUUUAUUGGAUUUUUAUAAGAGAGAGAAAUCUUUUUAUAAAACCAAGCUCAAAAAUAAAAUGAAUACAUUCUGUAUUUUGGAUGUAAACAUGAAAACGGAGAUUUCAUUUAUAAAGAUUAACUUAGAGAAUUUUAAAGAAGAAAAAUUAUUGAUAAAUUUUAUACAGCAUUCUCAAGAGAUUAAGAAAAGAAGAUUUAUGUAUAAGAUUUGCUUAAGCAUAAUUCUGAAGAACUAUUUAAUCAAAUAAUAAAUGAUAAGGUAGUCAUUUAUAUAUGUGGGUAAGUUUUAUAAUUAUUUUAGAUCAACAAACAUGGGAAAUUCAGUUUAACACCUGAUUAAAGAGAUAUUAAUAAAAUAUAGCAAUUGGUCAGAGCAUGAAGCUGAAGAAAGAAUAUAAAAUAUGUAGAAAUAAAAAUUUUUAAUCAAAGAAUUAUGGUGA